AUGAAGUGGUUUGAAGGAGACAUUCCAAGAGCUAUUCAGCAAGCCAAACUCAACAAGUCAGUGUUCAUCGUUUUCAUUACAGGUGAAGAUGACAGCUCAGUUGAGAUGGAGUCCUACUUGCAUACAGAUGAUGUCACAGCAGUUGUUGAAGGAAAUAACGGGGUGGCAGUCAAGUUAUUAGCAAACAGCAAUGAUUGCAAGUUCUUCUCACAGAUUUAUCCUGUUGUGGUCAUUCCAUCAACAUUUUUCAUAGCAGACACAGGGCUUCCAUUGGAAGUGAUUGCUGAGUGCAAGUCACACGAAGACUUCCUAGCGAAAGUGAAGAAUGCCGUGGAAAUGCAGAAGAGAGCAACAAGUUCCCAGGCUUCACAUUUAGCACAGCAGCCACAGGCAAGCACAGGAGCAUCCCCAGUGGUGGCUUCAGCUGCUGGCGAUGUGAAUGAGGAUGUAGAUGGUGCUGUUGCUGCAACAAGGAGUGGGAGUGGUGAUGAUGAGGUCCCUGAAGACACAGCUGACACAGAACAAAGUUUAGAAGACAAGGUCGAAAGAGCCAAGCAACUGGUGGAAAAGAAACGAGAAGAGAAGGUUAAAAAUGAGGCUGAGGAGGAGCGACGGCGAGAGGUGGAGAGAAGAACUACCGGGCGUAGUGUACAAAAAUUGCAUCAACAGCAAAGAGAAAUGGAGAUGCUGGAGGCAAAGAUGGAGUUGAAGAAGGAUAGAGAGGAGGAGAAACUUGCACGGAAAAGAGUCAAAGAGGAAAUAGAACGGGACAGAGCAGAGAAGGCUGCUAGAUUCAACAAGGAGAAAGAUGAGAAGACAAAGCUUGCAGAAGAGGCCAAGAAAAAGAAACUUCAGGAACAGCAAGCUGCAUUAGCAGAAGAGCAGGCACGAAGGAGUGAUACUGCCAGAAUUCAGUUCCGAAUGCCAGAUGGAUCUUCUGUGACACAGCAGUUUUCUGCAACAGAUACUUUUGCCUCCGUGCAUCAGUUCAUUACCCAGCAUGUGGGCAGCCCGGUGACACUGUCAAGGACCUUUCCACGACGUACUUUCACCACAGAGGACCAAACCCUCACCCUACAGGAGCUGCAGCUAGCCCCAUCUGCUGCCAUCAUGGUCAUUCCGGGAGGAGUUUCGACCUCUGUGGUCAGAAGUUCUAGUGGUAUCUUCAGCUUCUCCGGCAUCACUGGCCUUCUGCUGGCCCCAGUGUACUUUGUGUGGAAUAUCAUUGGGUCACUUCUUGGCCUGUCACGGCCAUCUUCAUCUGGUUCUGCUCCUGCAAAGACGAGGUCAGCACCAACUUCUUCAGCUCGGGGAGGAGACAGAGAUCCAGGGAGGAAGGCCCCAUCACAACGGUUCCACAACGCAGAAGAUGAUAGUGAGGACGAGGACAGAGCCACAUGGAACGGCAACUCCACACAACAGAUGUAG